AUGCAGGAUCCCAUUCUUAUUCCUGUGCAAAAUCCCAUUGAUGUUCCUGAUCAUCAACAAUUUCAUUUGGGUGAUGAAAUUGCUCACGUAUUGAGGGUUCAGUUUGGUCUAAAUCUUCGGAUGGCCAACCGACCUGCUUAUCAGAGACCGUUUCCAGAAAGGAUUAUUAAUGAAUAUCCUCUCCGAAGGAAUUACAGGCCACCAGACUUUCAUGCUUUUUCUGGAGAGGAUGGAUCCUCCAUUAUAGAGCAUGUGGGGCGUUUCACAGCACAGCUGGGGGAAAUUGAUACAAACUUGGGGGAAGGUUUAGAAAUGGCAUUUCAUGCCAGAUUUUUCAAUCCCUUGCCAACGGUUUCUUUGACUAAUUUAUUGGAAAUGAAACAAUAUCCAGAAGAGUCAGCUUCACAAUUUAUUGAAAAGGUGCGAUUAAUGAAAGGACAGUGUCCUACAAUAAUCAAUGAAAAAGAAAUAACCAACUUAGUGGUCCGAAAUAUGCAUGGUCGCCUAAGAGAUGCACUCACUGCACAUGAUGUGGAGGAUUUGGCAAGCCUUGCAUCCAAGGAUGGACGUUUAGAGUCUCUUUUCAGGGAAAGGGAUCAGAAUUUCAAGCGUAAUAAAGGUCAACAUAUGGCUAGUAUGGAAACAGAGGCAUACGACUUUGAUUAUGAUCAAACAGAAGAGAUGGCGGCUGAAAUCAUCUCUGGAAAGCCUUAUGUAUGCUCUAAGUUAAAGCCAGCACCAGGAACAGAAGCUAAAGGACAACCGACCUUUGACAAUUCAAAGGCCGAUGAGAUAUUUGAUAUUCUGGUAACUGAUGGUCAGAUCUGA